UCUGACACAUUGAAGCAGAACCAACUUUUUAAGCUGUAGAUCUGAUUAUUAGUAAAUAAAAAUCGCACUUGCUUUUCUACUUCAUAGUAAAAUUGCUAAAUUUUCCAUCAUCUCCCUCUUCAAAUCUCUCUCUCUCUCCCACCAUUCUCGGCCGUCCCUAUCGUACUUUCCGUUUCAGCUACCGGAGAUUCUGAUCGCCAUGGGAGAACCUGUUCAGUUCUCUGUUCAUACCGCGCUUGGCGGUGGUGAAGUUGCUGACGUCUUGUUGUGGAAGAAAUGGCACCAGAGCCUCACUGUGUUUGUUGUUUCAACUGCUCUAUGGUUCCUAUUCGUGAGAGCUGGAUACAAUUUAAUAUCCUUCAUAUCGAAUGUUUUGUUCUUACUGGUCAUAAUCUUGUUUUUUUGGGCUAAAUCUGCAGCAAUUCUCAAUAGACCUCUCCCACCUAUCCCUAAUCUUGAGGUUACUGAAGAGAUUGUUCUGAUGGCUGCUGAUGAGACACGGGUCUGGGUAAAUUAUGCAUUGUCAAUUGCACACGAUAUAGCAAUCGGUGGAAACUUGAGACUCUUUUUUCAGCUUGCUGUAGGCUUGUCGGUUGUUUCCUGCAUUGGUAGUUUAUUCGACUUUCUUACACUGGUCUACAUUGGUGUUCUUCUUUGUCUGUCACUGCCUAUAUUAUAUGAAAAGUACCAAGAUCAAAUUGAUGACAAGCUGAACGCAGCAUAUAAAAUAGCUCUGGUGCAGUACAGCAUAAUUGAUGAGAAGGUACGGAGCAAGAUUCCAUUGCAUUAACACAAGGAGAAGAAGACCCAGUAGACUCACUGUACUUUUUGCUGAUUCCUGGCAUUUAGCCUCAGAUGAAAUUGAUUUUGAGAUCCAGCAGGACGUUUGCUAAUCAUGGCGAAUGGAGACUUUAGUGUCACAUAUUUUCUUCCACCAUUCCAACUCAUUGAUGGUAAUGUUGGUCAAGUUAAAGCCAUAUCACACGCUUUCCCUCCUGGUGAUAUGCUGAGACUAACGAGAAAAGUAGUUUCAGAUGUUGGAGCUUUAUGAGUUCACAAAGUUGGCUUGUGCAGUUAUACCACUUUCGCAUUUUUCAUCUGCAAGUAUCCAAUUAUAGAUGAGAGACGUGCUCGAACUUUGCUGUUAACUAAUAUUGAUCUUUAUUAUCGUGCCAUGAUUGUAAAAUUUUCAUUCGAAUUUUGUUUCUCUUUUUUCUUUCUAAAUCUUUUGUUAUUUCAUUUAUCUCAUGUAUCUCUAACUUUACCGAAAUAGUACAUUGUUGCUUAGAAAUAUUUUCGGUGGAUGCUAUACCUUGAUAUUCAAGCCAAUAGCAAUACAUAAUUCUUCAGU